CGGCGUCGUCGCUCGCCGACAGGUGCGCGGCGGUGUCAGGCGCACUCUGCGGUCGCGCUCCUCGCGGUGGUAUCGCUGCGCGCCGCGGAGGCCUUCGGGCUCGGCGCCAGCCUCGCGGUCAGGGGCGGCCACGGGGCCCUGCGCCGCGGAGCUCUGCAGGGGCCGGUGCUGGGCGGCGGCGCCGCAGCGCCAGCGGCGGCUGGGCCGCACGGCGGCGUGCCCGCCGCGGCCGUGUUGUCCGGUCUGGUCUGCGGCCUGGUGGCGGCAGCGCCCGCCGCGGCCGCGCGCCGCGGGGCAGCCACCUCGCGGCGCGGGGCUCCGAGCACGGUCCUCGACGCCGCGUCGGACGUUGCGGCCCCGCAGGCCGAGCAGAAGGGGAAGACCAAGGGCAAGGGGGCCGCCGGCAUCGACCUCGAGCCUCCGAGCGGCACGCGGGACUUCUUCCCCGAGGACAUGCGGCUGCAGCGGUGGCUCUUCGACAAAUUUCGGGGCACGGCCGCGCAGUUCAGCUUCCAGGAGUACGACGCCCCCGUGCUCGAGAACGAGGAUCUCUACAAACGGAAGGCCGGCGAGGAGAUCACAGAGCAGAUGUAUAACUUCAAGGACAAGGAGGGGAACGCCGUCACCCUGCGGCCAGAGAUGACGCCCUCGCUGGCGCGCAUGGUCCUGUCGCUCAUGCGCGCGGAGACAGGUGCCAUCGCAGCCGUCCUGCCGCUGAAGUGGUACUCGCUGCCGCAGUGCUGGCGGUUCGAGACGACGCAGCGGGGCCGCAGGCGGGAGCACUACCAGUGGAACAUGGACAUCGUGGGCGUGCCCGGCAUCACUGCGGAGGCGGAGCUGCUCGCCGCGGUGGUUCACUUCUUCGAGAGCGUCGGCAUCACGUCGCAGGACGUCGGCCUGAAGGUGAACUCCCGCAAGGUGCUCGGGGCCGUGCUGGAGACGGCGGGCGUACCAGAUUCGAGCUUCGCCGAGACGUGCGUCAUCAUCGACAAGCUCGACAAGAUAGGGGCGGAGGACGUGCAGAAGCUCCUGGUGCAGAACGUCGGGCUCAGCGCCGAGGUCAGCGAGCGCAUCGUGCAGGCGACCACGGCGCAGACCUUGGAGGAGUUCGCCGAAUUAGCUGGAGUUGGCGACAGCGACGAGGUGAAGGAAUUGCGGCGGCUUUUUGAGCUUGCGGAGGAUUACGGCUACGCAGACUGGCUCCAGUUCGACGCUUCUGUCGUGCGCGGCCUGGCGUACUACACAGGUGUCGUUUUCGAGGGCUUCGACAAGGCCGGCAAGCUGAGAGCCAUCUGCGGCGGUGGCCGCUACGACAAGCUCUUGGGCCUGUACGGCUCCAAGAAAGAGGUGCCCUGCGUGGGAUUCGGCUUCGGCGACUGCGUGAUCGUUGAGCUUCUCAAAGAGAAGAACGUUUUGCCACAGUUGGAGUACAAAGUUGAUUACGUGGUGGCCGCGUUCAACGAUAGCAUGAUGGGCAAAGCAAUGAGCGUCGCCGCCCGCCUGCGCAAGGCCGGCAAGACCGUGGACCUCUUCACGGACGCGGCCAAGAAGGUCAAGAAGGCCUUCAAGUACGCAGACCGCGUCGGGGGCAGACGGAUUGCCUUUGUGGCACCAGACGAGUGGGAAAAUGGCAUGGUCAGGAUAAAGGAUCUGCGCGCGCACGAGGAGACGUUGAAGCAGCUCUUCAGAAAGAUGGAUGCGGAUGGGAACCACGCGGUCACCAAGGUGGAGGCUCAGCAAUUCUUCAAGGGCGCGUUCGCGAAGGUCAGCGCCAACGCCAUGUUCAACGAGGUGGACAGCGACAAGAGCGACACUAUCACUGAGGACGAGUUCGUCGCUUUUUGGCGGCAAGUUGUACACAGUGGCUACAAGGUGGAGGAAGUCAUGGAAGAAGUCGAAAGCAUGCUGACUUCUGGUUCCUCCUGGGUCGACUUUAAGGAUGAUCGAAAUGUUGGCGGGGACAAGGCGAGGUGA